UCUCUCUAACCAUGUCCCCUGAGAUUUCACCCUUUCAUCUUUUCUUAUGGUCGAGGCAGUCACACACCAAUAAUAAAACGUAUUUAUGUCUAAUUAUAAGCUAAACCAUUGCUCUAUUAUUGUAUGCGCUGAACGAAUCUCUUGGAUUACUGCCUGGUCUAGUCAUUGAGACACAAGCGGCAUUCUCGCCACGGCUCAACGGACACUCACGGAUCAAAUUUAACCACAUUCGGCCAAUUCGUCUGUGAUUCGAAUAUCCGAUAUUGAACAAGAGGUUCAUGUUUAGGGAUAUUUUCAGAGCUGGUUGUGACCAGAGAAGACCGAAAGCAUGGGAUAUGCAAACAGAGCCGUGAAAGGAUGUGCGGUGUUUCUGUGGGUCGCCACCGUCGUUCUCUUAGCGGAGAGCAGAAGAGUGAAGCAACCCAGAUGUCCUGCAUCUUGUACCUGUUCUAAAGAUAAUGCCCUGUGCGUGAAUAUCCGAUCCGUCCCACACAGUUUCCCAACCGACGUCUUCUCAUUGUCUUUUGUCAACUCAGGCUUCAAUGAAAUCACAGGUGGUAGCUUCGUUUACACACCGGCCAUUCGGCUUCUCUUAUUCAGUGCUAAUUCAUUUGACUUAAUUGAUGAAGAUGCCUUCCUAGGUCUGCCCCACCUAGAGUACCUGUUCAUCGAAAACAACAAGAUAGAAUCUAUCUCCCCGUUUGCUUUCCGAGGCCUGAAAGCCCUGAUACAUCUGAGCCUAGCUUCCAAUAACCUAGAAACAUUGCCCAAAGACAUUUUCAAGGGUUUGGAUGCCUUGUCUAACGUGGAUCUGCGGGGGAACAGCCUGGUAUGUGACUGCAAGCUGAAGUGGCUGGUUGAAUGGAUGCACAGCACCAAUGCCACCGUGUAUACGAUCUACUGCAGUGGUCCCUCUGUCUACCAGGGCAAGAAGAUCAAUGAUCUCCUGCCUCAGUCCUUCGACUGCAUCGCAGCAGAUUUUGCCUCCUAUCAGUCCCUGAAGUUUGAAUCCAUCUCCGUAGAGGACUUUACCUUUGGCAACGAUCAAUAUGUUGUGUUUGCCCAACCAUUCACUGGAACAUGCAGCUUUCAGGAAUGGGACCAUGUUGAAAUGGUCUUUCGAACCUUUGAUAGUAUUGAAAGCACCUCUACCGUGGUGUGUAAACCCAUGGUGAUCGACAACCAGCUGUUCGUCAUCGUGGCCCAGCUGUUCGCUGGCUCCCACAUCUACAAGCGUGACACUAGCGCCAAUAAGUUCAUAAAGAUACAAGACAUAGACAUCCUGAAGAUCCGGAAGCCCAAUGACAUUGAGACGUUCCUCAUUGAUGGCGAGUCCUUCUUUGUUAUAGCCGACAGCUCCAAGGCCGGUUCCACCACCGUGUACAAGUGGAACGGUAAUGGGUUCUACUCUCACCAGUCUCUCCACCCAUGGUACCGGGACACAGAUGUGGAGUACCUGGAGAUCUCCACCAAGCCCCACCUGAUCCUCUCCAGCAGCUCCCAGAGGCCUGUGGUCUACCAGUGGAACAAGGCCCUGAAGCAGUUUGACCGACGAACCGACAUUCCUGAGAUGGAGGACGUCUUCGCCGUCAAGCACUUUCAGGUCAAAGGCGACCUCUUCAUCUGCCUCACCCGCUUCAUCGGUGACUCAAAGGUGAUGCGCUGGGAUGGCGCCAUGUUCAAGGAGGUCCAGACGGUGCCUUCAAGAGGCUCCAUGGUGUUCCAGCCAGUCGCCGUGGGCAACUGGCAAUACGCCAUCUUGGGCAGCGACUACUCGCUGACGCAGGUGUACCAGUGGGAUGUCAAGAGUGGCCUGUUCGUUCACGCCCAGGAGCUCAACAUUCAAUCACCUAGAGCUUUCUCUUUGCUGUCCAUCGACAACAGGGAGUUCCUCCUAGCUUCCAGCUUCAAAGGGAAAUCUCAGAUCUAUGAGCACCUUAUGAUAGACCUGAGUAAUUGAGAACAGAUCUAAAGUAAAGGUACCUUAUGACAGACCUGAGUAAUUGAUAACAGACCUGAGUAAUUGAUAAGGGAAACAAUUACAGGUGUGAUGAUACAGUAUGAUACGGCAAUGUGGUGUUCGCAGCACUGUGAGCAACAUGAAGGGGGUUAUAUUGAUGCAGUGUACUCUGUUUAAACUGUACCACCAUAAGGAUUACAAGAUGAUAAAACAUUUUGUCAGGCUAUAUGCAUGAUAUAUAGUCCACUAAUAAUGAAUAAUGAACACAAUUUUUGAUGAAUGCCUUGCUAGAAAUAUCCACUGCACUCACCCUUCCCCCUCUCUCCCUGUACUCUUGCCUCUUUUCUCCCUCGUAGACAAAGCCAUUGUUGACUUCAACUAAGCCCUGCACUAUGCAGAAUCUAGCACCUGUGCUUUCACAAAAUCCACCUCUGAGGUAAAGCAAAUACGUAUAACAUAGGUAUUCACAACUAACAUUUGACUGACAUCUACUUGCCAAAUGAAAUGUUUACGUUUUUACAAUAAUAUGUAAAGUAAUUUAUAUGACACAACCUUUUGUAUUUAGAGGGGACCACUCAAAUGCUAUAUCUUUCAUAUGGCGCUUUGUAGUUUAGUUUAGAUUUUAAAUCACUUUUUCAAUUGAUGAACUUACUUUUAGUGUCCUAGUAGUCAAUCACACAAACCAAUCUUGUGUCAUUUUAAUCUUGAGUUGGGGUAGUGUCUUAUUGUAUGUUCAUGGUCUUUAUCUUUAUUUGUAUUUUGUGUAAUAAACCAGUUUAAUGAAACCUCAAAAAUGAAAGCCUUUUUUUG